CGCCAGACAACCAGAAGCUGACAGAGCGGCGAGCCAUGGGGAGCAAAAACCCGGCGAGGGAGGCCGAGGCGCACGACGAUCUCUCUCACAGAAACACGCCAUGGGGAGCAGGAAGAAGGCGAAGCCGGGGAGGAGCAGGAAGAAGCCCAAGAGCAACGCCGACCAAGCCUUGGCCCUCGACUAUGUCCGCGCCUGGGUGCUCCCCGCUGCCUCCGCGCCGCCAACGAAACCCUCGGCCGCCGAUGCCGCCGGGGACGGCUUCCUGCCGCAUCAGGCUUCGAAGAUGGCCUCUGGAGGCGGAGGUAGCGUGCUGUUCGAGCUUCACUCCCACUCCAACCAUAGCGACGGGUUCCUAUCUCCCUCCGCGCUCGUCGAGCGCGCCCACCGUAACGGGGUGAAAGUCCUUGCCCUGACAGAUCAUGAUACCAUGGCUGGUAUACCUGAAGCCAUGUCAGCGGCUCAAAAAUUUGGCAUGAGAAUAAUCCCCGGAGUAGAAAUCAGUGCAUUAUAUUCUCCAAGGGAAAUUGCUGGUGCUGGUGAGCAUGUUCAUAUUCUAGCAUACUAUGGUAUGUGUGGACCUUCAAGGUUUGAUGAUCUGGAACGGAUGCUAUCAAAUAUUCGAGAUGGGAGGUACUUGCGUGCAAGGAAUAUGCUGGCGAAACUAAAUAGACUAAAUGUGCCAAUAAAGUGGGAACAUGUUACUAAAAUUGCUGGUGAGGGAGUGGCACCUGGCAGAUUGCAUAUAGCGAGGGCUAUGGUUGAAAUGGGUCAUGUAGAGAAUGUUAGGCAAGCAUUCAACAAGUACAUUGGUGAUGAUGGCCCUGCAUAUGCCACAGGAAGUGAACCAUUUGCUGAGACUGUGGUGCAGUUGAUUAAUUGUACAGGGGGAAUAUCUGCAUUAGCUCACCCAUGGGCAUUGAAGAACCCAGAUGCAGUAAUCAGGGCAUUGAAAGGUGCUGGUCUUGAUGCCAUGGAGGUCUACAGAAGUGAUGGAAAAGUUGAUGGAUUUAGUGAAUUAGCUGAGAAGUAUGGCCUACUGAAGAUCGGAGGUUCAGAUUUUCAUGGAAGAGGUGGGAAGGAUGAAUCUGAUAUUGGAACAGUUAAGCUUGCUAUUACUACUUUGUGUUCCUUCUUGAAGAUGGCUCGGCCUAUCUGGUGUAGUGCUAUGAAAGACAUUCUACUGAAGUUCGCAGAGGAACCAUCUGCGGUUAAUCUGGGAAAGAUAGUUAAGUUUGGAGAACUCAUUCAUUUUGAUGGUUUUUCAUCAAUGGAUGCUGGUAUGGAUAUUGUUAAUCUGUGCUUAUCUUCUUGGUUAAGUAAUGAUGGCAUGGAAGAAGUUGAACUUGAGGAGGUAAGACUGAAGCUUGCCCAUUGGGUAUGUAAAAGAUAACCUCAAAAUGCAUGACCAUCUUGAACAA